UGCUUUCCAGUAAUGAACUCUUCAGAACUUCCCCUGGAUCCUAACCUUCAGACCAGUAACCUGCUCAUCACCUUCCUCAAGUACUCCUCCAUCGUCAUGCAGGACACCAAAGAUGAACACAGACUCAACAGUGCCAGACUCUGUCUCAUCAUCCUCACCUGUAUAACGGAGGACCAGUAUGCUGAUGCCUUUCUCCAUGACGACAACAUGAACUUCAGAGUCAAUCUACAUAGAAUGCCCAUGAGACACAGGAAGAAGGCAGCAGAGAAGAACGUCCCGUCCAGACCACUGGUGUGUGCUGUUCUAG